CGCGAUCUAGUUCGGUUCGCGUGCAGCAGAACGCAAAGUACAACAGGAUUUUUUUCGUUCCGUGUGACGUGAAAAGUGCAAAUAGUAAUUGUUCGAAUUAGUUUAAGCCUAGCUAACUAACUAAAUAAAUAGCCAUGUCGUUUGCGGAAAAGAUAACGGGUCUGCUGGCACGGCCGAAUCAACAAGAUCCAAUUGGACCGGAGCAGCCGUGGUAUCUCAAAUAUGGAAGUCGAUUGCUGGGCAUUGUGGCCGCCUUCUUUGCCAUUCUUUUCGGCCUGUGGAAUGUGUUCUCCAUCAUCACGCUCAGCGUAUCCUGCCUGGUGGCUGGCAUCCUUCAAAUGGUGGCAGGAUUUGUGGUGAUGCUCUUGGAGGCUCCCUGCUGUUUCGUCUGCUUUGGGCAGGUGAACGAGAUCGCGGAAAAGGUGGAAUCUAAGCCCUUGUACUUCCGUGCCGGGCUCUACAUUGCCAUGGCCAUUCCGCCCAUUAUUCUGUGCUUUGGACUGGCCAGCUUAUUCGGCAGUGGGCUGAUCUUUGGCACUGGCGUGGUUUACGGCAUGAUGGCGUUAGGCAAGAAAGCUUCUCGAGAGGACAUGGCCGCCGCUGCCACAUCGCCCACACAGAUGGCCGGCAGUCAGGCGGGCGGUCAGAUGCAGAUGGGCGGCGAUCAGCAUAUCACACUCAUGGAAGACCCCGAUGUCUGGCGCCCCACAUAAAUUCCUAGCCGCGCCAUUAGUAACUGCCAAAAAACCACACUCAGAUACAGAUAAAGACACAGAUACUCAGAUACACAGAUUCACACACAAAAUACUCCACUAGAAAUGCGAACGAUGCAAGAAUUGAUCGAGUAACAAAUAUUUUACGGCGCCUAGUUUUUAGUGUUCGUUCCGAGGAUAAAUGCAACUAAGUGAAAAGGAAAAUCACUACAAAGCAGCAUUGUAGGGCAUCAGAGAACUAGUAUACAGAACACCCCACCAAAUACAAAAGAAAAUUUAACGAAAUUCUCAUUACUGUUGAAACCGAGAGUGUUAGUAAUCAAAGUAUAUUUUGGGCAAAUGCAUUUCCGUCAUUCGACCCCCCGUUUUGCAUGGCAUUCGUACUAUAUUCGUAUUCAAAUUUUUUAAUAUCUUUCGUCGAGCGGUUGGUGUUGUUAAGAACUACAGUUAAAUAUAUAUAAUAUGCAUAGAACAACUACUGAUAACAAUAACGUAACUCACAUGUCAAACUCUGCAGCAAGCAUAUAUUUUUAGUGAGAAACUAUAUUUGAAAGCUAACCGAAUGCAAGAGGAACCGGAACCUAUAAGUUAACCACAGCUUCCACACACUCACACACAGCUAAUGCUAAUGGAAAGCCACUGAUGAUAUGGACAAGUGAAUGUCGAGAACCUAGAGCAAUAUGUACAACUCAGAAAUAAUUAACUUUAUAUGCUUUGCUUCGAUGUAAACCAUAAAAUUAAAUGUUAAACGUUAUUUGAGAAUCGAUUUGCUCGCGGGAUAGUCACAAUUUGAAAUUGAACAUAAUCAAGCAUACAGAUAGAAUAUAUAUAUAUAUAUAUAUAUACAACAAGUUGAGAAUUUACCAGUUAUAUUUUUUAAAUGUUGUAACCGAAAAGUGUCCAUUUCAAUUUGAUGCAUUGUUAGACGGUUUUCUUUUUAGACAAUUACUUGGUUAAUAGGAUUUCGUUUUCGGGUUUCGUAUGAUUUCUUGUUUGCUAGAAGUAUAUGCUUAUUUUUUUUAGUAUACCUAAGUUAUUUAUAAGAGUUUAUUCCAAUCGUUUAACUUUGAAAGUCUGAGAAAAACGUUUUAAAUUAUUUUUGUUGUUGCCUAUUGGCAUUCUUACCACAGAAGCAUUCCAAAAUCUGUUUACUUUACGCAUAAGUUAUUGUAUAGUUUAAUUAUUAUAACUUUAAAUAUACAUUAUUUACAAGAAACUCGCGAUAAUUUAUUACAAUUUAGCCUUCGCCAGCAACUAAGAGUCUCACCUAAAGUAAUCACGAAUCAUAAUUAAUUUGUUGAACUUUGUUAAUCAAUGAACGCAACACUAAAAAUGAAAACAUAAACAUGUAAAAUAUUUCGUUAGAAUUUGAACGCGCAUGAUUCAAAUAUCAAACACUUUGUACAUGCCACCUGAAAACUGUCCAAAAUCCUGCCGUUAAAGCCAAGUACAUUCAACGACGGCCAACAGCGAUUAACAACAAUAUACGAUUUACGUUAACGAGUUCUGAACUUUGCUGCGUCCAAGAGAUCACUACAGAGCAUCCGCCGAGGACAUGCGGGCAGCUGCUCAGCAAACCUUCGGAGGAAACACACCUGCCCAAACCAACGAUCGAGCGGGGAUUGUGAACAACGCCCAGCCCUUCUCCUUCACCGGUGCCGUGGGCACGGACAGCAAUGUGUGAUUCAGAAGCUAGCUGAUCGGGAUUUCGAGGAAUCGAAGAGCUGGGUGUGCCGUGAGAAAACAAGACUCAAAACGCAACAUUUGAAGGGCAAACCUAACCAAGAGAACAUCGGCAGGCAAUCAUAAACAUAAUCAUGUGCAAUUUCUGAUUGUUCAAUAACCAACGCAAAUGGAUAACAAAAGUUUUUAAAUCCGAUUAGCUCUGAUCUCUUUCUAGAGCAAUCCAAAUUACUCGAUCAGAAAGAAGCCACCCAAAACAAGAUCAUUAAAUUUUAAACCAUUUUUGUAUUAAAUGUAUGUAAAUGUAUAUUGGUUUUAAAAGCGUUUUGCGUUUUCUGUAUCCUAUUAAUUAAUUGUGUUGCCUGUGUCCCAUCAUUCCAAAACAUUUGGUUUCAACUAAGUAGAAAUUGCAAAUAAAUUAUUGAACGACAUCACUAGCGAGGUGAAAAAAAAGAUCAUGUAAAAUUUAUGUUUAGUCAUAGUUUAAAUAUACCUUAAAUAUAUUUAAAUGCAUAAUACUAAAAUGUUUAAAUUAAUGCAAAUAACACUAUAAAUAUUGUAUGUAAACCAUAUUAAAAUUGAAUUAAAGAUACUUUAAAUUAUGUUAAAUAAAAUUAAUUAUAC